AUGAAUCGACUAAAGAAGAAACGAGCGGUUCGGCGCAGCCGGAACAUCAAGCUCGUAAAUGAGAUACGACCUGCGCUAGAGUCGGACCCUAUGGACUCCAAGACACUUGAAAGUUUGCGUAACAGACUGCUCGCUAGCAACGAAGAGCUUCGGAAGGUCACUGAGGAGAUAGAGCCCCUCAUCGACGACAACGACUUGGAGGAGGACUACAACACCGUGGCUGACUUCGAGGACGAGGUCGCAAGGAUUAUCAGUGAGGUUCGAGCCCAGACGACACCGCAACCGCCACGCUCCGGAGGCAACAAAGACAACAGCUCCUACUUGACUGGAAUCAAGCUCCCGAAACUACAACUGCUGCAGUUCCAAGGUGAGCUUACAGAAUGGCAACCAUUUUGGGAGCAAUUCGACGUCGCGGUACACCGCAACACAAGUCUUUCUGAGCCGGAGAAGUUCCAGUACUUGCGCUCACUUCUCGUUGGACCAGCAGCCAGCAUGAUUUCUGGACUACAAGCCACUGCGGCAUGUUACCAAGAUGCGGUAGAGAUGCUGACUGAGCGGUUCGGUGAUAAACAACGAAUCGAACGCGAAUAUCUGGGAAGACUGCGUAGGCUACCAGCUGUGAAGUCUGAGCGUGACGUACAGGGACUACGGAACGUCUACGAUCACGUGCAAACAAACAUCCGUGGCUUGCGUUCCCUGGGUAUUUCGAGUGAUACAUACGCAACUAUGCUGGUUGAUAUACUUCUGAACAGCUUGCCAUCACACAUCGUAGUGGAGUACUACCGCAUCAAGAGCUAUAUGCCACAACUGGCUCCUCCUACUCUCCCCGAACAGACUGCAGCCACUUCCAGUAAUGUGACGCGUUGUGAGACUAUGGUUGAUACAUCGAGGAAUACGGGAGAAGAGCUGGCUAAGCUGCUACAAUUUCUACGGGUGGAAAUCAAGAGCCGCGAGCGAUCCUCACGUGACGAGCGUCCAUCGGCGAAUCUUUCACCAUGGGCUUCGAGACCUCGACAGGCUAUCUCGAUUCCUUCAACAAUGGUGCUGCAAAACUCAAGUCAUCUAGAGGAGGCUUGUUUCUUCUGUGGAAAGGAGGAUCAUGCUGCCAGCACAUGUUCUUCCGGGAGCUCCUUAGAUGAGAAGAAAAGGCGCCUUGCACAGGACAGCCGAUGUUUCCGAUGCACGAAAAGAGGCCAUCACUCUAAGGAUUGUCGCACCAAGGCUCGAUGUACCACGUGCAGCGGGAGACAUGCCGUCUCUAUGUGCAACCCAGAGUGGCGGUCAAACUCAGCUCAUCGGGGAGCUACGGCCAAGAGCGGAGAGGCCACCGACGUCUUAACGGCAGGUUCCACAUCUUCACCUGGCGGCAACGGCGUUCUCCUGCAGACUUUCAGGGGCUGGAUUGUGACUGACAAGAAACCUGCAUACAUCCGCAGCAUCGUAGAUGGUGGAAGCCAGAAAACAUUCAUCCGAGAAGAUGUGGCCACAAAGUUUCAACUGGACACUAUAGGGCACCUCGACUUGAAAUUUAACACUUUCGCAAGCACAGAAACUAACAUUCCCAGCCAACACUUAAAGGUCGUGAGUCUCCAUCUGCGAAGCCAGUACGCUACGGCGAGCCAUAUAUUGGAGGCCGUGGUUGUCCCGUUCAUAUGUCAGGAGCUUGCAGAAACACCGGUCGACCACUCGUUCAUACGAACCAUCUCAGGCGAGCUCGCGGACAAGUUGAUGUUCCCCUCAGUGAAAUCAGAAGCUGGUAUAAGCCUUCUGAUAGGGGCUGGCCAGAUGUGGCGACUUCUCACGGGAGAGAUCCGACGUGCUGAAAUUGCCACCGAGCUGGUGACCAUUUCAACUGUGCUAGGAUGGACCUUCCAAGGGCCUACCAGCGCAGCGCAGGUGCUAUCAUGUUCUAUGAAUGCGGUUGUGUGUGCUCUCAGCGUUAGGGCUAGUCACGAAGAUGAUUCCAUCGCUUUGCAAAAGUUUUGGGAAUUAGACAGCCUUGGCAUCGUGGACGAGCCAACGACGACAAUGCAGGACCAUAAAAACGUAAUCGAACACUUCAACGAAAACAUCACGAUGAAAGGAGGGCGCUAUCAAGUCGCUCUCCCCUGGAAGGGCCCCUCACCAGUCUUGGAAAACAACUAUGAUGUAGCCCACAAAAGACUACACAGCCUGAUCAGACAACUGAAGCGGGAUGGCACCGUUACAGAGUACGACGAGCGACCCUACGCCAUCACCUGGAAUCUGCGAGAGACCAGAGAAAACCCAUCGCAGAUACUCUACUUCACUCGUCCCUCCAGCUGGCACCACUGUCCUGGUAGCAUGAAUCCGGCUGACUUGAUAACUAGAGGAAAGACCGCGAGGCAGCUCAGUGUUCACGAUGAAUGGUGGUUCGGACGAGAUUGGCUUAGGCGUGACCUGGAAGACUGGCCUCCUGCGGCGUCUCCAGCCAAUGGUCUGCCAAGCGAGAUCGAAGCGGAAAGACGACAUAAAGUGAAUGUCUUGCUCAACGAUGCAAGUGUACCUAACCCGCUUCUGACUUUGGAGAACUUUGGAAGCUACACGAGGAUGCUGCGGGUCACGGCUUGGGUCCUGCGCUUCGUCCAAAAUUGA